UUAAUCAAAGCACACCGGACGACGACAACAACAACUGUCAGCUGUCAGACUGAUUUGUUUACAACUGCAACAUGAUUGAUUUCAGCUCUGCGGAAGUGUCAUGAAUCCUGAUGUAGUGAAUAAUUCUAAAUACAUCAUUUUAAUAAUAUUUUAUGGCAAAAGUAGAUGUGACAAACUGUAUUUGCUAUGCAGGUUCGAGCAAGAAAAUCAAAACAUUUUAUUCAAACAGUGAGAGCUGUUCAGGUUGGAACUAUUUUCUGUUGUCUGAUCGUUUAUCUUGGAUUUAGUUACUUUGAGGUAACACCAGAUAACGAUGGGCCUUAUGAAAAGACAGAAACAGUGGGAUUUAAAGCUGGUUCAAGAUCCCUUCUAUCUGUGCUACCAAACUGCACCCCUCGUGCCGUAGAACAGUUCCCUAGAGAUGUGUUUAGCAUGGCAGAGCGGAAGAAUGGGGCUGUUGCUCUUCAUGUCCUUGUCACAGUCUACAUGUUUCUAGGCUUUGCUCUUCUCUGUGAUGACUAUUUUGUGCCUUCACUCGAAGUUAUAUGUGAAGUAUUACAGAUACAGUCUGAUGUUGCGGGGGCUACAUUUAUGGCAGCAGGGAGUUCAGCCCCGGAACUGGCAACAGCUGUUAUAUCAAUCUUCAUUGCAAAGGAUGAUAUAGGUAUAGGAACUGUUGUAGGAUCAGCUGUGUACAAUGUCAUGUUUGUGAUCAGUAUUUGUGCUCUUUGUGCAGGCAUGGUUGUCAAUCUGAAUUGGUGGCCAUUAUGUCGUGAUUGUCUCUUCUAUACUGUCAGUGUAGCUGCUCUUGCUGUAGUUAUCCUCGACGAAAAAGUGUUCUGGUAUGAAGCUGUGAUAUUUAUUGUACUAUACCUAGUCUACAUUCUGCUCAUGUAUUUUAACACAUCGCUGGAGAUGUGGUUAGUGCCAAAGUUCAAAUGUUGUGGUGUUCACAAUCGUGCAGAGAACCUUGAUGUUGUUGUCAUGGUUACUAGAUCAAAAGAGAAUGAGCGUUUUCUGAAAACCAAUGGGGCAACCAAUGAGAGCCUGCUCAUGGAGUCCAAGUUUAUUGGACAAGAUAUUUCUGACUUUGAUUCAGAUUUUGAGGAUGAUGUAGAAGAUACAAGUCAACCUUUAAUGAGAAAUUCUUCGUUACCAAAUGUACAAGUUGAGUCAACACAUGAGACUCGUGAGCAUGUUUUGAGUAUGCCAAACUGUUGGUGGAAAAAGGUGAUCUGGGGUGUUUCUCUGCCACUCAAACUUCUGUUCUACGUCACUAUACCUGAUUGUAGGCUUACCAGAUGGCGGAGCUGUUUCAUCAUGACCUUCAUCAUGAGUCUAGUCUGGUUAUCAUUUCUUUCCUAUGUAAUGGUGUGGAUGAUAACUAUAAUAGGAUAUACAGCUGGUAUUGCAGACACAAUCAUGGGGCUAACUUUUAUAGCUUUUGGCGUCAGCCUUCCAGAUGUCAUAUCAAGUGUGAUAGUGGUACGAGAAGGGCUUGGUGAUAUGGCUGUCAGCAAUGCGGUUGGCAGUAACGUGUUUGAUAUUCUCAUAUGUCUUGGCGUCCCUUGGUUUAUACAGAGUUUAAUCAAAGGGAGUGCUGUCCAAGUAUACAGUGAAGGUUUGCUGUAUGCGACCUUGACACUCCUCGGAACAGUUGUUUUCCUGCUUGUAUCCACACAUAUCAACGGCUGGCGACUAACGAAGAAAUAUGGUCUCAUGCUGAUGCUUGUCUAUAUUUUGUUUACAAUACUUACCUCCUUGUAUGAGCUCAAUGUAUUUGGAUAUGUUCAUCCAAAAGAAUGUGAUUCAAAUUAUUAAAUAUUGAGUCAGUAACAAUCCAAUAUCAAACAGUUUAUUCCAGUGACAGUGCUCAUCUCUCUGAAUAUUCCCUAAAAUAAAAGAAUAACAAAAAAACAUUGUCCUGAAAUAUUCCAAACAUCUGCUUAAUACAUUGAGGUGUAGACAAAACAGCCAGCAUUGAAUUAUGACAGUUAAAGAAAGAUGUCCCGGUUUCAGUCCUCAGUGGAUGCUCAUUAUUGGACCGGGUACCAGAUUAGAACUGUGCUAUAUUCCACUGGCACCAGUUUAAAAUGGCAACACUGUGCAUAGACCUAAAAAGAUCUUACCAAUACAUACAAAUUUAAUCAUGUUAUGAUUCAGCAGCCAUACAAUUUUAUGCUAAAAAAGGUUUAGAAUAGAUUUUAUAGAGUUUUAUACAGUAAAGAAAUUUAAUAUAUAUAUAAUAAUGUUGUUUGUGAAUAAAAAAGGUUGUAUAAUAUUUAAUUGUUCAGGUACGUAAUUUUGACAUAGUUAAGUUAUACAGACUACUUUACAUAAAAUUAUGAAUGGUAUAAAAUAAUGCUUUUCUGUUGUUCGAAAUAUAAUGGCAUAGUUUUUCCCAGUAAAAUAGAAAUAUACAUCCUUUGGUAUUAAAGUGUGAAGUAAAAUAUAUAAUUCCAUUCACUCGCUUUACUCUUUGAACAUAAUCAUUUUUAUAUGCUUAUAGACUUUGUCCGGAGCAUAUCUUCUUCUUGCAUGGAGGGAUUUUGAUGAAACUUGGCACAUUUGUUGAACAUCAUGAGACGGAGUGUCCUGCGCAAGAACCAGGUCCAUAGGUUUAAGGUCAAAGUCACACUUGGAGGUCAAAGGUCAAAUUAAAGAAUGACUUUGUCUGGAACAUACCUUCUUCAUGCAUGGAGGGAUUUUAAUGUAACUUGGCACAAUUGUUCACCAUCAUGAGACAGAGUGUCAUGCGCAAGAACCAGGUCCUUAGGUCUAAGGUCAAGGUCACACUUAGAGGUCGAAGGAUACAAGAAUGAAAACUUUGUCCGGAGCAUUUCUUCUUCAUGCGUGGAGGGAUUUUGAUAUACCUUUGCACAAAUGUUUACCACCAUGAGACUGAGUGUCAUGCGCAAGAACCAGGUCCCUAGGUCUAAGGUCAAGGUCACACUUAGAGGCCAAAGGUCAGAUACAAGAAUGACUUUGUCCGGAGCAUUUCUUCUUCAGUCAUGUAGGGAUUUUGAUGUAACUUGGCACAAUUGUACACCAUCAUGAGACGGAGUGUCAUGCGCAGGUCCCAUUAGAAUUACUUCCCUUUGUUAUUACUAUAAAUAGCUUAUAUUGUAACUUUUUCAUUAUUAGUCAUAGGGAAAAAUAGAGACCACUCUUCUGUAGUACAAUAUGCAUGUUACAUCCAAUUUUGAGGUGCAUUUUGACCUAUCUCUACCUGGGAAGGAUUUUUGUGUGGACUUACAAUUUUUUUUUUUAAAGAUUAACUUCUCUUUGUUGUUACUAUAAAUAACUUGUAUUGUAACUUUUUUAUAAUAAAAACCAAGACCACUUUUCUGUGGUGCAACAUAGAUGUUACUUUCAAAUUUUAGGUGUAUUUUAAGGUACCUCUACCUGGUAAGGAGUUUUUUUGUGGACUUAGAAAAACAAAAGAAUUACAAUAAUUACUAAACAGCCACAAAAUUAAAAUUCCAUUUGCAAAUACAGGUGCUAGUGUAAAGAAAUUUGCUGUGACGUGCGUAUAUUGUGACAUUCUGGCACUUUUGUUAGAUCUUUAUGUUGCAUGUGACAUUAUGCGAAUAUAAAGGAUUAAUUUUGGUUAAAACUGUUGAAAAGACUUGAAGUUAAUGAAAGUUGUGUUUGUUUUUCAUUAAAGUCAGCUUGUCUAUGUCUUUUAAUUAUGGACUCUAAAUUGUAUCUUUCCAUUUGUGGCCGCAUUAUUUGUGAACGUAUAAAAUGUGGUGUUCACAAUGUGAAAGAUAUUUUGAUCUUUCAUUGUAAACAAAUUUUCUAUUAGUUUCAUGUUUUGACAAAAUUUACCCAUUUAUAGUUUCUUACCAGUGGAAAAUAUAUUUGAUAUUUUUUGCUGUGAAAAUACCAGAUAUAUUUUACUCUAAUGUUUGGAUAAUUAACUGAAAAACAUGUAAUAAAUUUUGGAAUUACACUCCAACAUAAAGAUCCCGUAUUUGUUUGGCUAUAAGACGGCUAUGUAAAAAAAUAUUUUGUUAAGUGUUAGCGGUCCUUGAAUGAUGAAGCAUUGAUGUGUUUUUUCCUUGCCAACAGUUAGAAUACUGCUCUGUUCAGGUUUAACCUUCUUUAGUUUAAUGUUUCUUAGAAAUUAGACCGUCAUGUAAUGACUGUAUAACUGGUUCAUUUUUUGAAAAUGAAAGUUUUCAGAUAUUUUUACAAAAUUCGUCAUUUUUAUUGUGAUAUGAAAUUUGUUCUGAAAGUGUCUUGCGACUUACAGAUACAGUCAAACUUUGUUCACUCAAACCAGAUAUGAACAGCAAAAUUUAGGUGAGUUUUUGGUAGGUUGAGCCAUUGAACAAUAUGCAUUAUAUAGUAGGGACUUGGCAUGACCCGUUAAUGAGUUCGACAGAAGGGUGGUGUUCCAAUUAUCCAAGUUUGAACUAACAAGGUUUGACUAUAUUAUAUAUAAUUGUUAAUGUUUUCUAGUUACCAUAUCUCGUUUUGUGAUAGAGUGAACUUCAAACUGGAGAUUUGUAUUAAUUGAAUGGCAAUAAUAUAUGUGUUUUAUGUAAUAUAUUUAUUUAUUCUCAUUAUAAUUACUGCUGAAUAUCUUUAUAUAUUUAGGAAUCUCUCUAGGUACAUUCUUUUACAUGUGAUAGUGCAAAUGUUAGUGUCAAUAGAAGUGUUCAUGAGCUGAUACAAUCAGCAGAGUUGUGUAAACUCAGUUUAUGUAAUAGUUUUAGUUAGAAUUUUACUAUAAUAUCCCGACCCUGCAGAAAUUUUUUGUAUUUUUUGCUUUGUGUAUUUAAAGAUAUAUUAAACCCGAAUUCUUAUUUGAAAAUACGAACACUAAACUUCAUAGUGUGUAAAUUCAAAAUUAACAUGUUUUUGUUUAUAUACAGUACUGUGUGUUAGGUUUAAUACAUGUCUGAUACAUGAUUGUUUAGUAAAACACAGAAUUUAUUUGUACUAAGCUUUUUUAACAAAUGACUGUUGUACAUGUCUUUUAAUUAUGAAUGUAGCUCUACAAACUUAGUUAGUUCCUAUAUUUAGUCCAAUGAGGAUUUUCUACAACUAAAGUUACCGGUAGUCUUGAGAUGAAGUGCAAUAUAAUAGAGCACUCCAGUAUAGCUUUUGAUUUCUCGCCCAUUUUGCACUUAAUUUUACAUAUUUAGCUCACCUGAGUCAAAGGCUCAUGGUGAGCUUUUGUGACUGCUCAAUGUCCGUCGUCGGUCGUGCGUCAUCAGUUGUGCGUCCGUCAACAUUUUCUAAAAAAAUCUUCUUGAAAACCACUGGGCAGACUUACACCAAACUUCACAGGGAUGAUCCUUGGGUGGUCCCCUUUCAAAAUUGUUCAAAGAAUUUAAUUCCAUGCAGAACUCUGGUUGCCAUGGCAACCGAAAGGAAAAACUUCAAAAUCUUCUUGUCCAAAACCACAAGUCGUAGAGUCUUGAUAUUUAGCAUGUGACAUCAUCUUAUGGUCCUCUAUCAAGAUUGUUCAAAUUUAGCCCCUGGGGUGAAAAGAGGCCCCGCCCCGGGGGUCACAAGUUUUAGACUUAUAUAGUAAAAAACUUUAAAAAUCUUUUUGUUUAAAACCACAUGACCUAGGCCUUUGAUAUUUUGUAUGUAGCAUUGCCUUGUGGUCCUCUACCAAAAUUUUCAAUUAAUGCCCCUGGGGUGAAAAGAAGCCCCGCCCCGGGUGUCACAAGUUUUACAUAGACUUAUAUAGUAAAAAACUUUAAAAAUCUUUUUGUCUAAAACCACAUGACCUAGGCCUUUGAUAUUUUGUAUGUAGCAUUGCCUUGUGGUCCUCUACCAAAAUUGUUCAAAUUAUGCCCCUGGAGUGAAAAGAGGCCCUGCCCUGGGGGCUCUCAUGUUUUACAUAGACUUGUUUAGGAAAAAAACAACUUUAAAAGUCUUCUUGCCUGAAACUGCAAGGCCUAGGCUUUUGAUAUUAAGUAUGUUGCCUUUCCUAGUGUUUCUCUACCAAAAUUGUUCAAAUUAUGUCACUAGGGUAAAAAGAGGCCCUGUCCUGGGGGUACCAAGUCUAACAUAGACUUAUAUAGGAAAAAAAUUAAAGAUCUUCUUGUCUGAAAGUUCAAGGCCUAUAUAGGCAUUUGAUAUUUGGUGUGUAACAUUGCCUGGUGAAUCUCUAAUAAGUUGUUUUUUUUUCAAAUUAUGCCCCUGGGGUGAAAAGAGGCCCCGCCCUGGGGGUCACUUGUUAUAAUUAUGAGUUAGGCCAGAGUUUUUUAAUAACUUUGGUUACGGGAGCGCCGGUCCUAAUUCUCCAAAAUCCAAAUGAAAAUAAAAUUCAAAAUUGCGAUUUUAUUUUUAUUUUCCCCGACGCUUGCAUCUACUUUCCGUGGUGGAAAAUAAAACAGUGUCUAUUAACCUACAAAAAUAUCACAGCGUGUAAUUUUAACGGUGCAGAAAGUGGACUGGUGUAAGUUUUGUCGAUUGUAUAGUCCCGAUACAUGAGCUUUAGUUUUUGUAAAGGAAACCCGUUUAGGUUACGUCAGACAACAACAACGAAAUGGCGACACUCGAGGCUUUCUUCAGAGUAUCGGUAAAAAGUUUUAAGUGUGAUUUGAAAAAAAUUAUUCCACUGAAGACAAGCAUAACAAUCGGGGAGGCAUUGCAUUCUCUCCUAGAAGAAGCAUGCGGGGAUGAUUGUCUAGUCAGCUUUAUUGAAGCAGGAAAGGAACGGUUUCGAUGUGAUUUGGACACGCCGGUCCAGGUCUUAAAAGAGUUGGGGUUAGACUUAAUCAUUUUAGGCAUAUCCUUUAAAUAGAUAUUG